CUCGGUGUGUGGAUAGCAGUUCAAACCAGGCAGUGGAGAAAGACUGGGACUCUUUCUUUCGCUUUCCCUGUCGGCGUUUAUAUACUGCAAUUGUCUGUCUGGUCCUGCUUGAUUUCGUUGUCCUCUUUCUCCGGGCUCCUCCACUUUCCCCGUCCCCUGACAAGGACUCACAUAGAAGGCGUGUCCUCUCGGGGCGGUUACUGCCGCUGCGGAAGGCAGCUUAAAGCUAUAAAAGAAGUGAUCCAGUGCCGGUUUGAGCUGCAUUUCCCGCCUCUGCUUUUCUCCGAAGGACUCGGAGCCGGUGCCGAAUAAAACAGCUGGAGCGCCGCCCGCGGUGCCUGGGGGCGAAGAGAGGGCCAGGGCACGGCAAAGCCAUAGAGGGCGCUAGGCAAGGCUCAAUGCGUGGUCUAGCUGCCUUUGCAACAUGCUGGAACUACAGAUCAGCUAAAAGGAGUUUGCACACGACUGUUGGAGCUGGAUUGCAGCGCUCUCUUUCCUUAUGAAGAAGACACAAAUUAAAAAAUGAAAAUGAAUCCAAGAGGGGUGGUGAUCAGCAAGGAGAUCUUCCCUGAAUAUAUCAUUUCAAAACUACAAGCAUCCACAAGUCUUCAUCCUCAAAUUACUUGUUCUGGCAUGGAUCCAUGGAGAUGCUGAUAUGUGGUCACAUUCCACAACUUGCUGCAUUUUGUCAAUGAAGGAAGUCAAAACUUUAAGUAUAUUGGAAGGGACUGAUUGCCAGAAUUGCAAAAUGUCAUGCAUACAGUUAUCACAGAAGAAAGUAUGCAGACUUGGAUUAUCACUUGCUUUUAUCUUCAAUUGCUCCUACUUUAUCCUCUUGUUAAAGCCCAACAUCCCUGUGGGAAUCCGGUGACAGAUGAUGUAAAUGAAAUUGCAGUACUGGUUGGAAAUCUUCCAGAUGAUUAUAUGAUAGCUCUUAGAUAUGUCCAGAAGACAGACACAUUGCCUUACCAUUGUUGGUUGCAUUUGAUGGUCCCUGAAUUGUUAAACAGUCUAAAUAAUCUUCUCAAUAAAUUUAAAGAAUUUCCAGAUAUGUCAAAUGUCUUGAGUAAUUAUUCAAUUAUCAAUAAACUAAGGAGGAUCAUCAUCGAUGUGAUGGCAUGCUUACCUUCUACCACAUAUAAUAAGAAUUAUAGCCAACAUGACCAUCUAUAUGAAGAAGAUAAAUUUGUUCCGGAAGAGUUCUUUAAGCACUUUUACAGCACUAUUGAGGCCUACAAAAACUUUUCCAAAAGACCAGAACAAAGUGACUGCAUUCUUCCCUCAACAACAGAAGCCUCUCCAAAUGAUUCAAGCACCAGUGUCACAGAGCCAUUUUUAUUACAUCCUGUUGCAGCCAGUUCCCUUAGGAAUGAUAGCAGUGGCAAUAACAGCAACAAAGCAGAAUUGGAUUUCCUCAGUAAGCCUAGCAAUCAAGUAUUGAGCAUAGCACUUUCAUCAUUGAUGGCUUUUGUCUUUGGCUUUGUUUUGGGAGCCAUAUGUUGGAAGAAAAGGACCUGCAGGCAUAUACUACAAAUUCAUCAGACUACACAAUCUAACAUCAACCAAGACGAUAAUGAGAUAAGUAUGUUGCAGCACAAAGACAAAUCACUUCUACAAGUGUAGCUGUUUCUUUUUUAUAUAUACACUGUUACUGCUUCACGUCUAGGCAGCUAACAGUUCUAAGUUUGCUUCAUAAAUGAAGCAGCUUUAAGCAUAUUUGUAUUGCUUUUGGAGUGACAGACUGAGUCUGCAUCUGUUGCUGUUGCCCAUGACUCCAUAUUCACACUGUAGAGCUGUGGAUAAAAACUGUGCUCCUGUGAAACCAACAUGGAAUUCAACAUCACCAGAGAAAAGAGCCUACAGCAAAAAGGAUUACCACUUUUAAUGCUGAUCAAAGUGUAUCUUUGCACCUUGGAUCUGCAGUGGAUUUUAGCAAAUGCAGUAAGAAGAUUUUUGUGAUCCAAGAUAUAAGGAAGUUUGUAUUGGAUACCCAAAUGGAGACUAUGAAUAGAAGAAAUAUACCGAAAUGGACAAAAAAA